CAGCAGCCAUCAAUAUGAUUUGCUUAAUUUCGCCAGUACAGGGUUCAAUUGCCACUGGAACGGCAAUUUCUUACUAAUAUCUAAAAUACUAUUUUUUGGUGUGGCCAAUAGGCUUAAAACUCACCACCAAAAAUUUCGCAUAUAGUGCGAGGCACCGGCAAAAACAACCUUCCUUCUACCAACCACUCAACCUCAGCAUUUGACGAGGAUUUUGUUCGAACUCGAGCUCGGUCAGAUCUUGUGGUACUUUGGUGGGUUAGAAAGCAUAAGCAAAAAAAGAUUUCAACCAAAAAUCUUGUGUCUUUAGUGUUUCUGUCCGUUCAUUUCCCGUUUUCUUUUUGCAUCUAUUCCUUUGUAUAUCUUUUUGACUCCUUUUUGGAAAAACACACCAUUAGAAAAAAUGUCUUCCACUUUCAAGUCUGCCGCUGACCAACUGAUGCGUCGCUUGAACGCCAUCGGUGGCUCCCGUUUCUUCAGCUCCAAUGGCUCUAAGCAGCCUCGCUGGCUUCUCUACACCGGUUUGGGUCUUGCUGCCCUCGCCGGUUGGGCUGCAUGGGAUCUCUCUGAUACCAGAAGUUUCAUCCAUCGUCACAUCACGAUGCCCUUGCUCCACGCAUUCACCUCUGCCGAGUUUGCUCAUCGUUUCUCCAUCUUGUCCGCUGCCAUGGGCUUGACCCCCAAGGACCGUGUCCCUGAUGAUGAGAGCCUUGCUCUUGAAUGCUGGGGCCGCAAGUUCUCCAACCCUGUUGGUUUGGCCGCUGGUUACGACAAGCAAGGUGAGGCUAUCAGCAGCCUCUUCGACUACGGUUACGCCUAUGUUGAGGUUGGUUCCGUUACCCCCGAGCCUCAACCCGGUAACGAGCGUCCUCGUUUCUGGCGCUUGAAGGAGGACCGUGCCGUUGUCAACCAUUAUGGUUGCAACUCUCAUGGUCAUGACGUUGUCUUGGGUCGCCUUAAGAAGCGUAUCCACAACUUCCUUGCUCGCCGCUCUUCCGAUUUGGCUCGUAAGUUCGACAAGGACCCCGAGUCCUAUGUUGACCCUGCUGUUCUUGGUGUUCCCCGCAGUCUUUACCCCCGCAAGCAGCUCGCCAUUAACGUUGGCAAGAACAAGAACGGUGAUGAGACUGAGGAUUUCUUGAAGGGUGUCAGAAAGUUUGGUAACUUUGCCGAUAUCCUUGUUGUCAAUGUUUCCUGCCCCAACAUUUCCGGUGUCUGCAACCUUCAAUCGAAGGAUACUCUCGUCCCCUUGUUGAACAAGGUUGUUGCUGAGCGCAACAAGCUUGUCUCUCCCCAACCCCCUAUUGUCGUUAAGAUUGGCCCCGAUUUGACUGAAGCCGAGAUCAGUGACAUUGCUCACGCUCUCGUCGAGACUAAGGUUGAUGGUGUUAUUGUUUGUAACUCUACUGGUACUCGUCCCAAGACUUUGACUCCCAACAAGAACUUGGAGAACGUUGGUGGUAUUUCUGGCCCUGUCAUGAAGCCCUUCUCUCUCAGAGUUCUUCGUCUUCUUCGCAAGGACUUGCCCAAGGAGUUCCCCAUCAUUGGUUGUGGUGGUAUUACUAGUGGUAAGGACGCUGUCGAGUUUGCUCGUGCCGGUGCCACUAUGAUCCAAAUCUACACUGCCAUGACUUACGAGGGUCCUGCUGCUAUCCGCAAGAUCAAGGAUGAGAUUGUGGAGGAGCUCAACGGUAAGCGUUGGGUUGAUAUCAUUGGCACUGAGUCUGCUUAAAGGAAAAACUGGAAGUGACCAAAGUUCCGCCGCUGCAGCACAUCACCAUAAAAGUAUAUAUGGGUACAGCAGCGUAUGGCUAUGCUGAGGUAGUUCAUAGUCGUUUAUAUGUUUCCUGGCUGAAACCGUUUGGGUAGUUUAUCUCCGGGCUUCGAGUGGACGAACUAGCAGUAGUUUGGUUUUUUGUUUAUCCUUUACGUUCUAGUGUUUUGUUCUUUUUUGUUCAGAGUUUGCGUUAAUCGUAUUGCUCUUUAGUUCUUAAUUAGGUGUUUGUUUAGGUCUAGGUUUAAUAUUUUUUUUCUCGUGUUCUUCGA